UGACAGAUCCGAGUCAUGCCUGCUACAAUGUAACAUGUUAGACAGUCGGCGUUUAGAAACAAAGUAACAAAUUAAAGUCCGGUUGUCACAGUAACGUCACUGUCUGCUUUAAAUACACGGAGUCUUGGGAGAUGCAAGUCACGGCUGAAGUUGCACAAAGCGGGGGCUCAGACUCUUGUUUAGUUUUUAACUUUACUCUGUACUAUUGGAGAUGAACUCGAAGGGCAUUAUAACGCUUUAUGUAACGUUGUCAAAGUGGCGGAGCAGAUCAGGGCGGAUCAGCAAUUGGGUGUUCCCUGAAAACACAUUUAAGGGACUCUAGAUCUGAUUCAAGCUAUGAAGUUUGUCUUCAAUGUUCAGUUUUCAUGAAAAUGCAGAUUCCCAAAGAAAAAGGCAGAGACAGGAAAGGACCACUUAGUGACUCAAGCAGGAUGGCAGAUGAGAGACAUUCUGCAUCAUGCUACCUAGAUGAACGGACUUUCCGACUUUGCUGCCAGCUCUUUCUCCAACAUUCCGAUUCCAUCCAGGAUGGCUGGAGCUGGGAACAGAUCAAGGGUGCUGAUGAAGGCUUCAUGAGGAAGACUGUCCUCAUCCCUGUCAAACCAAGCGGGUUGCAAAAUCCACAUGUGUGUACCAAGCAGGCAGAGAACACAGACCUUAUAGAAGAGAAUGUUCAGGAAAAUGUCGAGGAUGAAACGGCUGGAGUUCAGGCAGUUUGUGAAAGUCGUGCUGUUUUGCGCUAUGAAUACCACGUUCUGUAUUCCUGCAGCUAUCAGAUUCCGGUCCUGUAUUUCAGAGCUUCUACAUUAGAUGGGAGGCCCGUGUCUCUCGAUGAAGUGUGGAGCAAUGUUCAUCCAAACUACAGACAGAGAUUAUUACAGGGACCGUGGGACACAUUGACCCAACAGGAACAUCCUUUACUGGGCCAGCCGUUUUUUAUGCUUCACCCGUGUCGCACUGAAGAGUUUAUGAAACCUGCUCUGGAUCUGGCACAAGCUGAACACAAAACAGCGAACUAUAUAGUGACCUGGCUGAGCGUUGUUGGACCUGUUGUCGGCCUGGACUUCCCCCUGAGCUACAGCACGUCUGUUGCAGCUCCAGACUGAAGAUCCGUCUCUCCGUCUGCCGGAGGUCAACUCAACGGCUCUCCCAUCGUCCAUGUAUGAUGUUGUAUGAGCGCUGUAUGAAGUCUGAGAGCGCGUAUGGACUUGUUGAGGGCUGAAAUCAUUGACAGGAUCUAUAAAUACAGGUCUUUAAUGAUGAAUGUUUCAGCGUUUGGUUCCCAAAAAAAAAACAUAAAUACUGAUAAAAUGCCUACCUUGGAUAAAAGCAUCUACCAAAUGCAUAAAUGUAGAUGUUUAAUAGGCAAAUAAUAAUAUUCCCUGCUGCUAUUUCUAAAAUACAUGAUGUGUGUGUGUAGGAUUGCUAUUCAAAUAGUAUCUUUGUAUUCAAAUGUGUAGGUGUGUGACUCAGUGUAUUUUCCCUGGCUGGUCUGGUAUUGUAAAGCGAGCUGCGUUUGUCCUAUUCUUGGGAUUUUAUGGAUCAAAAAUGUUUGAAUAUUAUAAUAUAAUAUAGUGUACCUUAUGAGAUGGUAGAGUAAAUGCUCUGGUAUUUUUCAUUGUCUGAGACGAGCGUUGGGUCGUGCCAAGCCACAUCCUAAAAUAUCUUUAAUGUUUGAAUUGAAUCAAAGUCCAGGCUGUCGACUCCCUCUGCAAUCCCGACCGUCUGAUCAGAAGCCGACUUUAGAGUCCGGAGUUUGAGAGAAGCGGCAGAAAGUCCUUAGUCAGCGUGUGUAAAUGGGGCAAGUGUCUCUCUGGAGACUCUAUCAGUGUUUGGUAAGGAGGUCAGCCUCCUACCCGGAGCAUCUCGCUCUAAUGGACAGAUAGAAAUGAUGGAGAGAGAUUGCAGUAAUGUUACCUGCAUCAUCUUUAAAGAAAAAGUUCAUCUAAAAUUGAAAAUCUUUUAUGCAUUUGGCAAACGCUUUUAUUUAAAGCAACUUGCAUUGCAUUAUAAUGAAGGUAUACAUUUUAUACGUCUGUGUUCCUCGGGAUCAAACACACAAUCUUUUGUGCUGCUAACACAUCACUGAACCACAGGAAUGAAUAAGAACAUACCGUAACAAAACCUCUUUAUUCUGCCAGUAUGAAUAAGAUUGAAAUGUUCAAAAAUAAGCUGGAUGGGACAUCCAGUCCCCUAUUUACGUAAUAGCAUUGAGAAGAACAGCAUAAGCAUUGUUUAUUUUUUGUGGAGGAAAGAAAGCUUUGAGCCACCCAUGCGUGUUAAAUGAUGACAGAAUAUUUUUGUAUGAGCUGUUCCCGAGUCAGUUUGAUUGAUGGGUAGAGGAUCUAAUUGAAGUAGGCUAAUCAAUGUAAUGUAGUGAAUACGUUUCAGACAGAUCUCAAUAUUAUUAUUAUCUGGAGUAGUUGUUACAUUAGAGAAAAGGAAAUUAGAAGUGCCUCAGAAACAAAUACCCAUUUAUUUUACACGCUUCACUGGAGGUGUUUGUUAAUAGAGUUAGAUAGCUCCUAAUGCAGUCUUGAAAUGUAAUUUUUGAAACACCAACUUCUGUAAGACACUGCUGACAUCUGUUGGUCAGUGUGUGCUGUUGUCAUUACAGACCGGACCACAAGGGGGCAGUAUUGACCAAAAAGCAAACUCUUAAAAACUUUUACAUUGCAUUGAAUUACAAAACAUCAACCGGUGAAGCAUCGCUUUAGCAAGGCCAAAGAUUGUGAGUUUGAUUCCCAGUGUACUUGGAUGCACUGUAAGUCCCUUAACCAACUAAGACAUGAGCUUUGGUUUGUCUUUUUUCAGAUAUCUUCCAGCUGUUUGGGUUAGGAAGAACCAAUAAACAUAAUAACUAUUAAUAAUAAAUAUUUUUCUUUGAAAAUGAA